AUGCGCUUCGAACGAUCUUUCAAGGGGUACAUGUUUGGGUACGGCAAGUCGGAUGAUCCCACGGGGGAAGUUAAGAAGAUAAGGGGAUCUACGUCACACUUGGUGUCGUCAGACGGUAGGGUAAAAAUGUCGGAGGGUCGAUGGACACAGGGGUAUAGACACAUCGUCAAGUCACAAAAGGGGGAUCGGUGCUACAGAAGAGUCGAUAUGACUCUGGUCGUUGAUGGCAAGAGCAUCAAGAAUAGGGCGUACGUGCACGUACUCGUGGCCGAGGCAUUCAUUGGAGAACGCCCGAAUGGAUACCAGGUGGACCACAUCGAUGGGUUCGAAGGGAACAACGAUGUGUCGAACCUGAGGUAUUUGAGUCCGAGUGACAACAACAAAAUGGCCUUCGCCAGCGGUCAAAGGCUACCGCCGGGAGAGAAACCAGUGCUUCUGAUCAAACUAGAUGGAACAUUCUUACGAUUCAAGUCGUCGUCAGAAGGUGCUCGUCAAAUGGGAGUCAACGUGGCCACGGUCUCGAUCAACUGCUCCACGGGGAGGAAAAACAGGGCGGGCAACUACUGGGCGCACGACAAGCCUGUGGUGAAACUUGGUGGAGAUGAAUUCGAAUCGCUGCCAAAAGCUUCUGGCGACACAGGAGAGAGCAUUCUGAGCAUUCUCAUGUCGUGUAGAAACACUGAUGAUGAGUCUUGGACGUUUGUUGAGUAA